CAUGAUUGAGAGGUUCAUGGAAAACGUACUUUCCAGUAGAUUAACAAAAGUUAAACAAAAUUCAAUUGCAGACAUCAUGUACGCGUUAGCUGUCCUCUUAAUCAUAGUCUCCGCUGUCAGUGGCUCGGUAACUCCACGAAUUGUGGGUGGUCAGAAUGCCGAAGAUCAUAAAUAUCCGUACCAAGUAUUAAUCCUAAUCAAAAACUUCCCUUCGUGCGGUGGAUCAAUUAUUAAUGAUCGUUUCAUCCUUACUGCUGCACACUGCAUUUACCAAGAAAUUGCAUCAGAUUUCACAAUUGUCGCAGGAACAACUGAUUUAACGCAAAAGCGCGCUAUCUACGCUGUCGAUAUGUUAAUUAUGAACGAGAAUUAUAAUCCUCUCACAUAUAAUGACGACAUCGGUCUAAUACGUCUGAAAACAAACCUUACAUACAAUAUAUAUAUUCAACCAAUUGCACUUGGAUCGAAAUAUGAUGUGACUCCCGGAGAAAUAGCUGUGGUAACUGGUUGGGGAAGAUUAGGUGCAAGCAAUUCUGUUAUCCCUCAUACGUUACAAGAAAUAAACGUGACCGUAAUAGACCAAGAAUCGUGUGCAAAAUCGUAUUUGAGAUUAUCCAAAAAUAGUAUAUGCACGUUCGAAGCUGAGAACAAAGGUCUUUGCAUGGGUGAUUCUGGCGGCCCUUUGGUUGUAAAAGGUGAACAGGUAGGGAUCGUUUCACAUGGCUAUCCGUGUGCGAUUGGCGAGCCUGACGUGUAUACCAGAGUAUAUCCUUAUCGAGAUUGGAUUGCUAAUGUUACGAAAACGUGGUAUACAAGAUCUCAAGCGAAUACGAAUACAUGGACCAUAUGGCUGCUUGCAGCAUCGGUGGUUCUAACACGUUUAUGUUCUCCAGCGUAAAAUAUUUUAACUCUUGCAUUCAUUUUAAACCUGAGUAAUUAAUAACUAUCGAUUAGAAAAUAAAGAGAAGGCGAAGGUACGAGGCACUAUCGAUACAACGUUAAUGUGAUAAUCGACGUAACGUCAUAAAUUAAUUUCUGAAACGGCCACAUGAUAAAGUUGGUAUGGUGAAGAGAAAACAGAAUUGAAUGGCAAAUAUUAGCAAACCUAAAAAUAAGGUGAAAACAAUUGUUAAAAGUAUAAUUAUGCAUAUCAUCUGUUUUUAGCACGUUGUUAUCUUCAUUUCGUGCUUCGAGCAUGUGGAUAUACAAUUGAAACACUAUGGCAUUUACGUACAACGAACCGUCUGAUGUAAAAACGAGCAGAAUGAAAGAUCCAUUGAAUAAUAUUUGUAUAA